AAAGACAAGAAGAGGAAACAAGAAUCAAACGCUGAGGAAAGUUUAUUUAGUACUCCCCAGAAACUGGGCGAAAUAGAGGCAAGAGAAAGCCGUCAGAAAGAGAGAGGGAAGCAUUACAAAAAAGAAGCAUGGGGUGGGUUUCCUAUCGCCACGCUCAACCCUCCGUCUUUAUCCGCGCUUUACAUUCGUCGCAAAAUGUAAGGCCAGUAGUCUCGGUGUGGUUUACUGUCGGCUACUGAUGGUUCGCCGAAACCUAAUAGCGGAUCACUCGGCAAGAGACUAAGUGUUAGUCUCGGCACACCGUCACCCGUCCGCGCUCUUUUCCUGUCGUCAUAAUCACAGUACGUAUGACAAUGUCAUAAUGUCGUCAUGAAUGUCGUCAUGCUCAUACGUACUGUGAUUAAGACGUAAUACACGUAUGACGCGGGCAGGGCUCAACAUGGCGGACAACAGUAAAUAGAGUUACGGGAACUUGUACUCACUAACGAUGCCACCCGUACAACCAUUUGUACCCGCCCUGAAUACUCAUUGGACCCUUACAACAUUUGAGGUCAAGGGACGCUCUCAGUGACAUCAGCCGGCGUUUCUCCCAGCAGUAGAAGCACCAGAGGAAGAAGACCUUAUGGAUGUGUCUCUGGCUGUUUUCACAGGGGUUAACAGAGACGCCGCAACAGGACUUCCUUAUCACCGUACCCAGCUCCGUGCCAUCGAUUACGUCAUUCUAACGGUGUCGUGUCUGGGUAUCGUGGGUAACGUGGUGUCACUGGUUGUGUGGAACACCCACACCACGUACAACUCUGUCAUCUUCCUGUUCAAGUACCUCGCCGUCGUCGACAUCCAACAUCUUGUGUCGAGUUCUUGCUGUAGGAUUAUAAUUUUGUUCCGCCGCUACUUUUCCGACCACACUUAUUUUACAGUGCUUUUCACAGUGUACGGCACAGAAUUCCUUGGACAGUCUUUGUCUGUGCACGUGACACUAUUGAUAGCAGUGUGUCGCUUUAUCGUUGUUUCCAGACCUAUAGAGGUUUACAACGGCACUCUUCUAACACGAUGUCAAGUCAUUGUUGCCUGUGUCGCCCUCUCGUUUUGGUGUCUUCUGAUUACCAUCCCCUUUCCCGUCAUCACAUUAUUGGUUUUCAAUGAUAAACUGAAAGUUCCAUACUUUUUAAUAGUCGCCAUCCUUUUUCUUGGCACUUCUGUAGCCACUCUUCUGAUAGUCAUCUUCAACAUCUUUCUUCUGAAGAAACUUCACUAUUCAUUAGCUUUGAGAUCAUUAACAUUAUCAGCACAAGAUUCAAUAUCAGGAAGUGGACCAGGAAGAGGUCGGCGGGUGACGGUGGUCGUGGUGUUGAUGUCAGUAUGCACUAUACUGGCCUACCUUAUUAAUGGCACUUCUUUAGCACUUGCUUUUACAUAUUUCCAUUAUACUGAAAAACAAAGUCGGAGCGCUUACUACAUUGUCUUCGACGUAUUGAUCCCUACUUAUGAGUUUCUUGAGGCGCUGAACUCUAGCAUUAAUAUUAUAUUUUACCUUGCAUUUUUUCACAAUUUUCGCAAAGUGUUUCCAACCGCAAGAAUAACAGAGGAAAUCACUGAGUCGUCGACUGUGAAGAAAAAAACUGAUGAAAAGAAAUCCAUUGGAUGAUCUAUAAUAAUAAUGGCAGAUUACGUUUAACAGAUGAUGCCGAACUGAUGAAUAGAGAUAACUGAACAAAGUAAAUGAAUAAAUAAACAAGCAUGAAAGAAA